CUUAUCAGGCCUGGCCCCUGCUUAGCAUUCACGCCAUUCACAUGAACAAUGCCACCUCUUCCCGCUCACUGGACCUGUGACUGACAGUGGGUGUUGGUGCACUUGUGUCCAUCUUGAGCCUGUAUCUGACGCUGGCUGUUUGUCCAGUCCAUACCCCCCCACCAAGACACAAUAAAGGGCGUGUGCCUUCCUCCACACUUCCCUCACUGUUUGUCUAACUACACUUUUAUAAUGGAGCAGCUCCGCUUUCAGCACAAGCGCUUCCUCCACAGUGCGAUAGGGCCAACGGCAGCCGCAGCCCUCCACUCCAGCCUCUUCCCACUGGCUCCUGUUCCUACUCAGGUAUAUUAUUGGUGCUGUUGUUUUGGUUUAAAGAUGUCCUGAUCCCGGGAUGUCUCGUCCACCUCCAACUCCCAUCUACACCCUGAGGGGCGCUGGUGGGCCCCUCAACACCCUCCACUUCCACUGCAGCCAGGCAACCACUCCUCUGCUAUUUUCUGGUUCGGGGAAGGGUGCUAUCCACAUGUGGAACUUGAACACGCGGCGGCCUGAAAAGGUCAUUGAAGGACAUUCUGGAAACUCUGUGAUAUGGCUCAACACCAUUCAGUCAGGACAAAAGCUAAUCAGUCAAGGACGUGACAUGCAGAUCUCCCUAUGGGAUCUGGCUGAAGGCCGGACUGAUGUUGUGGACUCCAUUUGGACCGGCAGUGUGGGGUUUUGUCAAAGCUCGAUGUUGGAGACAAGUCCUGGGAAGUGGCUGCUGGCUUUUCCAGGAGAACAAACUGAAGAGAUCAAGAUCAUUGAGCUGCCCUGUAAGACUCCAAUCAGCACUUUGGUACCAGAUUCAAAGCUGGGCAUGGUCAUGUGCAUCAAACUGUGGCAGGGUGAUUUGGGGACUGGUCCUUUCCUGCUGGCGGGUUACGAGGAUGGAUCCAUGCUGCUGUGGGAUGUAACCCAGAGGUCGAAGCUGAGCCAGGCCAAAGCCCACCCUGAGCCCAUCAUGUGUCUGACCUUUGACCCCACCCGCUUAAAGGGCAUUUCAGGCUCCUCAGAUGCCAAACUGUCCUCCUGGAUAGUGGACAGCCAAAACAAUAUGCAGCUUCAGGACUCAGUGACGCUGGUUAACCCUGGAGUGUCCCAGAUGUGCCUCCGUGACGACGGUAAGCUCCUGGCGUCCGCGGGCUGGGACCAUCGCGUGCGGCUGUUUGGCUGGAAGAGGCUAAAACCACUGGCCGUGCUACAGUACCACACGGACAUGGUGCUAAGUGUGGCCUUCUCCAACCACCAAGACCCAAGACAAAGACUGUUGGCUGCAGGAUCCAAAGACCAGCGCAUCAGCCUGUGGUCUAUAUACAACGAGGGAUCUGAAGCUCAAUGAUUUUUCCUUCCUUUUACAGACUACUUUAGCAAAUCAACAGAUUGUAAUGUUGACACCAAUCAGACCUGAACAUAUUAAGAAGGUCAUAUUUUUUAUGUAUUUACUGUUUACAUAAAACACUUUUACAGCUUAUAUCAUUACACCACUGCAAUUCUGUUUUGUAUUUCUUAAAUCAGUGGUUAGGGACAAAUUUGCUAAUUCAUGUUAUAAAAAUAAAUGACUCCAAUAAGCCUAAGCAAUUAAAAGCUUAAACCCCUA